AUGCGGAAUUCUGGUCCAGCCAAACGAUCGUCGGCACACGCCCCGUGCCGCCAUGAGCGAGCGCCGCGCCAGAAUUCCGAGGAUGAGCACUUGGAAGUUGAUGGUCAAGACAAGGCCUCAUCGCUUCGAUCCGCGCUCAACCGAUCUGAACUGCCCCAGCGCUUGCAAGCAUGGGUAGCGAAGGCGUGGAGACGUGCGGGACGUUGCGGCGUUGCGGCCGCGUAG